CGUUGCUCUUCUCGUGCUCGUGCUCGCCAAUUACCCACGACACGCCCCUGUCGUCAGGGUAUAAGAGGCGAUAGGAGUUCAGGAUUUGCUGACAGUUGUAUAACUGCUAAGUACUACACUUCCAGAAGUCAUCGCCAUGGGAUCCAGCAGCAGUAGGCAUUAUUCACCCUAUUGUGGUCAAAGGACACGUCGCUGUGACGUCGGCACAAAUUUCUCAAAGGAAUACUCACAUUAUUGGUCGGGAACAUCAAAGAACUCAUCGCAUUACUCGAUGGAAAGAAAUGCGUACUCAACCCAGUCAGGAGCUUAUUCGUCACCUCGAGACGGUCGACGAUACUCUCAGUUUGUGUCAUCCUUCGGAAAAUCUUAGUGGGCUACGAAGAGCAAGAAGAUUAGACCUGACAUAUUUCACGAAUUUUUAUCAAACAUGGGUGUGUGCAUUUUAUUUCUGUUAUUUGUAUGUACAUAUUCAGUCGUUUCUAUGUAAAUGUAUAUCUUGUUAUGUUUAUUUUUGUUCAUAAAUAAAAGCUACUAGCAGCAA